AUGGAGCAGCCUCGCCCCAUGAUGCCAUCCCCCGUCUACGGGUAUGAGCACCCGGGCAGCAACACCAACACAUCCUCCCACGGCGGCCAUGGCAGGAGGCCACAGCACAGCCUGUCCCGUCAGCCCCUGAGGGACACCACGGGCAACGCCCAGCACAUCACCAACGGCCUCGGAUCCCUCUCACAAACAGCCGCACCGUCGUCCUGUCGCCCGGUGCCGACGCUGGGCCUCUUCUCGCCGUCGCUGCCGCCGUCCAUCCCCACCCCCGUCGUGCCCUCGCAGGCCGGCUCCAUCUUCCGCAAUGGCGGCAUGGGCAUGGGAGGCAUGGCCGGCAUGGGCAUGAAGACGCGCGCCGAGCACCUCCGCCUCGCGAGGCGGUCGAGGCAGGACAUCAACCCCAUCUACUUCACGCCCGAGUUCCGUCCCUACAGGGACAAGCAGGACCAGAAGGACCCCAAUGAGAAGCAGAUCUGGCCUCGCGUCCUGGAGGAUGCGUUCCUUGACUCACUCCUCAUCAUCCCUCACAUGGGAAGGAAAAAGUAUAGCAUGCAAGGCAAGCAGUUUGGGCGCAACAUGCUCAUCAGCGAGUACCUCUGGAUUGCCUACUGCUGCAGCUUGCAGCCUGGACAGAAGACCGAGGAGCGCAAGCGCAAGCAGGAUGCUGACAAGAGCGAGGCUCGUCUGAAGGACAGCAACUCUGAGAUUGCCUCCUUCAAGGACAACCCAGUCCUCAUAGCUCUCUCCGAGGGUCGUCUGCCUGACGUUCGUCCUAACUAUGAGUACUUCUCCCAGAUCCUUGCCAUGGACUCCAUGGUCGUCAUGCGCCCCAAGACGUGCUGGAUCUUUGUCUCCUCCCAGUGUGUCACCAUGGAUGAGAACACGGGUGAAGCCUUUGACAGUAACGGCAAGGCCCUCAACGCCGAUGCCUACCCUCACCUUGAGAAGAACCUCAACAAGGAGUCUGACAGCAGCCUGAACCGGGGUCUCAGCAGCGGCAGCGUUCUUCUCCAUGAGUACAACCGCGAACUGGCGCAAAAGGAGGCCGCUGCGGCGACUGAGAUUGACCAGGAAUGGGAGACACGCUUCCCGUCUCUCCACCGUAGCCUCGAAGCUGCCACUGCUGAGAACCGAUGGCUCGACAUGCUGGAGAUGACCGUCACUCUUGAGCUGCACCCUCGCAGCAAUUUCCCGUCGGGCUCCGAACUCAAUGGCUUUGUCGAAUUGAACAUUGCUCAGCCCCAGCUUCAGAACCACCGAUGGAAGUGCAUCACCAGGCUGCAGCGUCCCGAGGAGUUGUGCCGCGCUGGCGACGGCGAGCCUCUGAUCGUCGAGCAGACGAGCGAGGUCGGUGUGCAAUACACGCACCGCCCUGGUUGCAACGGUGCCGAUAGCUCCCGCGGUCCUGAGUGCGACUGCCGCACACGGACUCGUCAGGACGUCCGCGUCCCCUUCCCGGCUGCCGAGUGGGCGAGCAUCCUUAGCAAUUGCGCCACCUACCUCCAGGAGCCCAUCGACGCCAAGAUCAAGAGCGAGGGUCUCAGCAGUGAAGAGGUCAAGGCCGCCGAGCAGGCCGCACUUGAGUCGGAGCGCACCACAUCGGAACUCAUCCAGCAGAUCGCCAUGUUCCAGGAGCUUUGGUCCGCACCCCCUGACGGCUCGGCCGACCGCCGUAAGUGGACGCGUCGCGGCGUGAUCCUGUGGAAGUUCCGCACCGUCCACGCCUUUGAUGACAAGUGGAACCCCAUCUACGAGAAGCCGACUAGCACCAGCAAGGGCCGCAAGCCUACUGACACUGACGGUGAAGAAACCUCGUCAUCGGGUCGCCGUUCCAACCGUGGCAAACGUGUGUACCACCCUCCGGGAACAACAUGGCGUUUCCUCACGGCCCUGGACCCCAUCUCGCCGGCUCACCAGCAAAAUGUCUGCGUCAACCCUGGCAACAAUGCCAUUCCCAGCCGUGACAUGAUCAUGGCACCGACCCCUGGAUAUGCGCACCACUUGACGGCAACCAUGAGCGAGAACCUCAACGCGGCGUGGGACCCAACCCAUCUCCCUGGCCAGCUCCCAUGGAGCGGGUGGGAUUCUAACGCGGAAGCCAACAAGUCCGCGCCGGCACCGCAGUCUCAACAACAGCACUGGCAGAGCGAGAACCAACGCAGUGCUCGCGCCAAUUGGUCGAUCGACCCGAAUGGUAGCAAGGACAACAGCCAACUCUGGAAUCAACAGGGCUGGGCUCAAGCCGUGUCUGCGGCGGCUGCAGUCACGGGGGCCGAUGGCCGUACGGGAUGGUCCUCCGUCGACCAACGCGUGUUGCCUUCCCUGGAUCAGAUCAGCCCCCUCAAGAGCAUGGCAGGACGCAAGCGAGCGCGAUCUAAUAGUCUCGACAUGGAGAACCGCGAGAACUUCCCCGCGACGGCCAUUCAGAAGCUUGUACACCACGGCACGGGACCAGCGGGGUAUGAUGAUGGCAGUCACGCCCACCACCGUUGGGAGUAG